ACCCUUCAACUCACGCCCACAGUUCACGAUUUUGGAAUCCCAGCCAAACUGUUCCUGUUCAAAACCUCCAUCGACCAGUCGCCAACCCCUCAGGGUUUUCUAGGUUUUGCUGUUUAGCUCGGGGAGAGGGUGAGAUGCAGACGGAUGCACGUGUGGGGCGGAUGAUGGAAGGCGUUCAUGGCGGCGGCAGUGGCGCCAACCGCAAGUACACGACGGUGCUAUGCUCCCAGCAGAAGCAACAGAGUUAUGGUCUCCAGCGGCAGCCGCAGUUCGAUGCCAUUCAGCAUCUGCUUGCAGGAGGAAUAGCUGGCGCUGUAAGCAAGACAUGCACCGCCCCACUAGCUCGCCUUACCAUUCUUUUCCAGGUGAAAGGCAUGCAUUCUGAUGUUGCAACCCUACGAAAGGCUAGCAUAUGGCGUGAGAUUUCACGUAUCCUCUAUGAGGAAGGGUUUCGAGCAUUCUGGAAAGGAAAUCUGGUUACAAUUGCUCAUCGCCUGCCUUAUUCAUCAAUAAGCUUCUAUGCAUAUGAACACUACAAAAAUAUGAUGCAAUCAAUUAUUGCAUCCAGGGAUCAUAAAGAAUACAUUAGCUCAGAUGUUUUGGUUAAAUUAGUGAGUGGCGGUUUGUCUGGAAUUACUGCUGCAUCAAUAACAUACCCAUUAGAUCUUGUGAGAACUCGUCUUGCUGCUCAGACAAAUAUCAUGUAUUAUCGAGGCAUUUGUGAUGCACUUUCUUCCAUAUGUAGAGAUGAGGGUUCAAGGGGAUUGUAUAAAGGUCUUGGAGCUACAUUAUUGGGUGUUGGACCUAGCAUAGCCAUUAGCUUUACUGUUUAUGAAACUUUGAGAGCUCGAUGGCAAUUGCAAAGGCCGUAUGAUUCUUCUGUUUUGAUCAGCUUGGCGUGUGGAAGCCUCUCUGGUAUUGCUUCUUCAACAAUGACUUUCCCAUUGGACCUUGUGAGGCGACGGAUGCAAUUGGAAGGUGCUGCAGGGAAAGCUCGUGUAUACAAAUCAGGCUUGUUUGGGGCUUUUGGACACAUAAUCCAUUCUGAAGGAUUUCGUGGCCUUUACAGAGGAAUUUUGGCAGAGUACUUCAAAGUUGUUCCAAGCGUUGGUAUUGUUUUUAUGACCUAUGAGACGGUGAAGUCAUUACUGUCUGCUGGGGACUAGUGACUAGUGCUGGUGUUUUCUUUUGUUCAGAAUGUUAAAGAAAUGAUGAUUGAGAUCCUUUUUGGGAUUAAGUUUUGCAGUGAAAUUUAUGGCAGCAAGUUUUGCUGUUGCUGCUUGUGAUGAUUCCUUUUGUAUAGGUCUAUAUAUAUACAUCAGAUUUCAAUUCUCAAGUGUAUCAGCAGAGCGUGUAACCUUAUAGCUUUCAUAUACGAUCGUAGAAUUUUUUACUUCCCCAAUUAAAUUAUGCUAAUUACUAUUUCAAGGUGCAGCAACUCUUUUUUUGUUUCCUCUCAAAAUAUAUGGUGGCGAAGGGUUGGUGGAGGAGUGCAUCUAUAUGGUAUGGUAUCGAGAGAGUUAGGCUUGAAGUGAUAAAUAAUAUCCAGAUAAGGAAUCAACUCAUGUCUGCCAUUAGAUUAGUCUAAUAACUAAUAUUUGGAUUAUAGACAGGUUGUAUGACUUAGAUUUUUGUGGUGAGAUUUAUGAAGGCAACAACAAACAAUACAAACUGUAAUUGAUUUGUUUAUUUGGUGAGAUUUAUUGGAAAUAAACCUAUAUCGUAGCUUGUGAUACGACCACCUGAAUAACUAGGUUUGUUCUUGCCCCUUCUGGGAUGAUUAAGAUGCCAAUAUUCACCUGUA